AUGAGGACGAUUCUUGUUGUUCUUUUGUAUGCACUGUUACUGGGGAUGCAGUGCGCUGUUGUAAAGGAAGUUAACGACGUCGACAAUAUAGUUCGUCUGAAACGAGCGGUUGUCGUCGCACCACCACGGCCGCCGGUUGUCGUCGUACCACCGCGACCGUCGGUCGUCGUCGCACCACCACGGCCACCAACAGUGGUUGUCGCACCACCACGAAGACCAACGGUGGUUGUCGUACCACCACGACGACCACCAUAUUAUCCAGGCUGA